AUGGCAACCCGGGUGUAUGUAUUCAUAUUCUUUCUAUUGUUGUGUGCAUUUUGGGUGUUGGUUUAUACUAUAGUACGCUCUGCAAAUCUCUCUUUAGAAUUCUGCCCAUCGUAUCAUCAUAGAUCGAGAGAAGAGAGAGAGAGAGAAGAGAGAGCUAUGAAAUCAUCAAAAUCAGUUAGUAUUCUAGAUACUCUCUAUUCAAACGAAAGUAGUAAUAAUAAUAGUAGUAACAAUAGUAGUACCAAUCAUUCUACAACAUCGUCACAUAACAACUCACCUGUAAUAAACUCUAUCAAUGGACUAUUACCUAUAUUUGUAACAGAUGAUAUACCUACUCCUACUUCGGCUGUUCCACCAACUAGUUCUAAUUACAAUAACAAUAGUAACAACAUGUACAAUAAAUAUAGGUCUCCAUCAUUUAGUAGCGGUGCCGGUGGAGUUGGAGGAGGAUUCAAUAGUAGUAACAUCUAUUCUUCAGAAUCAUAUAUGAAGAGAAGUAAGAGUACACCAUUCUUGAAUCAGAAUCCUUUACUUCAAUCACCAUCUAUUACAUCUUCCAACAACAAUGAACAACCACAACAACAACAAAGCUCCAAUGGUGGAUAUACACCACGUCACACACCACGUGAAACCAAUUACAACAUAACAGCAAUAAGUUAUCCAAAUCUAGCAAACUAUGGACUAAGCAACAGUCCAAGUAUCAACAACAUUCAAAACAUCUCGUCACAACCUUCUGUAAAUACUAUAACCACAACUACUACAACAACCAAUUAUCAACAACCAUCACCCUCCUUUUUACCAUUCAACAUUUCAUCUUUUAAUAAUAAUGGUAAUAAUGGUAAUAAUACACUUCCAAGUCCAUACCUAUCAUCAAAAUAUCAACAGAGUAAUGGUAGUACCAAUAAUCUUUAUAGAUUAACCUCUAACCAACAUAAUAAUAAUAAUAAUAAUUAUGAAACAAAAGAUGAAAUUGUACAUAGAUUAGAAACACAAAUACAAGCAAUUUUGGCAGAAGUUGAAUUAUUAAAAGAUAGGAUCAAAGAGAUGGAAGAAGAACAAGGAAGAAUGAAAUGGGGAUUAAAGUAUUCUCGUCGUGUUUUAAUUACUAGCAACUUUUUGUUGGGUAUUUGGGUAUCAAUCUCUAGAGUGGUCAUAAAUACACCUUGGAAGAGACAAGCAGCCUUGGUAGCCUCCACCACCUAUUCCCUAUAUCUAGCGUUUUUCCCACAAUACCUUCCAUGGACCAAUUAUUUCAAUGUUUUUGCAUCACUUUUAUAUAUUACUGCUGCAUGGAGUACAUCCAAUAGUAACCGAUUUAAAGAUGUAUUUAAAAAUCUAUAG